AUGCUUACGCUGAGAUAUCUUUCAUCACUUACUGCGACCAGCCGUGAACCAAAUGGCUUCUCAAAGGAAUUUAACAGUUUGGUGGUAAGGUCCAUUAAAUAAUUAUUUUUUUAGUCUUCCUUUCUGUGUUCUUGAGACAUUGGAUUCAUAUUCUCUGAAAGAACGUGAAAUUACUGGUCUGAGCAUCACGUUCAAUGACUCCCUUGAUGGAUGCACACAAUUCCAAUGGCGAGCUGAAUUUCUUCUGGGGUUUCUCAAUGUGGGAAAUGAUGUGGCAGCCUUCGUCGUCUGCUCCAUCUAUCUUGUCUAUGUGCUUGUUUCAACUCGCAUCACUUCUCAAUAUUUGCUCAGGGGCCGAGCAAGGCGAGUUUGACUGAGGUUGGAUUCACGGCUGAGUCCAGGUCGUAGCAUUUUAGAGGUUUUUUUUGCCUGAGGAAAUGAUCAGAAAAUACAGGACUAUAUAAAAAAAGUAAUGCUAGACUUGCCCACAUGCUUUUUGAUCAGAAGUCAAAGCAGUGAACAUACAGAGGCGGCCAUCUGCGCCACUUUUGUUCUUGAAUUCACUAUAGAAAUCCCAUUUUCAGGGUACCUCUUUAGCUGAAAGAAACACAGGCGAGCUUUGAUUUAGUCUUCAAAAUUUCACAUCGCGAUGUCCUUCUCAGGGCUCACAAUGCAAGAAUCUCCUCCAUGAUCAUUUAGGUGGUUAUGAUAUACUCUCCGAUCAUUAAACUCUUGAAGCCUUCAUUUUUGCCAGAAACUUUUCAGUGUUUAUCUUAAAAUCUAUACAUAUAGAACAUCAUCACACCUCUGUCGAUCGUUUCAUCUUCUAAAUAGACGGGAGAUCUCAUUUGUGCUGGAUAGACUUUCUUCAACCUUCCAGUUCAAUCUCAAUUAUCUUUCUUAGCUGUAGACAAUUUUCUCAUGUAGUUCAUCCGUUUCAGGUGUGUGGCGCAAGGGGCCCAAGACCCAGAUAUCCUCGGGUAUGGAAAACCAAAAGGAAAAUCGGAACCAUUUCCAAAUCAAGGAAGCUCGUCGAAUGUGUGAGUCCUCGAAAUAAUUUAUUUUUUUCCUCUGAAAUUCUGUCCGCAGGGCAAAAGCAUGGCACAGGACUCUUUCUUAAUUAUUCAUUAAUUCCAUCAUUAAAUAUGCUUGUAAAUGGUGCUACGACCUCCGAAUAUUAGCUCCAGAAAUAAAGUUUUAAACAGCUAUGGCUCCCCGUGACCGGCGGAAUCCCGGAUCAUCUCCUCAACUGUGGGAGCAUAAUGACCGAUUAGUGGGAAUGAAUUCGUCCGUGCGUUGCAAUGAAGAAGGAUUUGGUUUGCAUGGGUACACUUUAAUAAUGUCAGCUUAAGUUGACUUUCUAGUCGGAAGUUCAGUCACUUUUGGUCAACUUAACCUUCAUGGAAGCUUUGCUGGGGUGAUAAAAAAUGACUCCUAUUUUCCAAGAAGAAAGUUUUUUUUUUUUCCUGUAUAUUAUUUUUUCACGGGUAUGGGUGGAUUUUUCCUCUGUUUCCUUCCACAUAUAUUUCCUUUCAUAGCAUUUUAUGCUCGCCAUUAUUUUUUUAGCCUCCUCCAGUGGUUGACCUUUCGGGCAUCUCCACUCUCAGAUAAAAGAUCUCUCAAAUGUCAAGGAGGAAGUCUACGGGGCCCUCGAUUCGUUCGUCGCGUGGGAGCUGGAGUUCCCUCUGAUCGUGGUGAAGAAGGCCUUGAAGACGCUCGAGUUUGAGAGAGAGUGGAAGAGAAUCAUUCAGGUGGUGGGGGCCGGACGACCCCCGAGAGCCGGGGCCGGUUGGGUAUCUAUUUAUUUAUUUACUCGGUCGGGGCUUCUGAUUGCAGGUGAUUAAGUGGAUGCUGAGCAAGGGGCAGGGGAAGACCAUGGGGACCUACUACACGCUGCUGAAUGCUCUGGCCGAGGACGGGCGGCUCGAGGAGGCGGAGGAGCUCUGGGCGAAGAUCUUCUCGGAGAAUCUGGAGUGCUUGCCUCGGAUCUUCUUCAUCAAGAUGAUCUCCAUAUACUACAAUAACGCCAUGCACCAGCAGAUGUUCGAGGUACGUAUCAUCAUUAAAUAAUCUCCUCCCUCCUCCUGCUUGGUUUCUCUCUCCCUCUCUUUCUCUCUCUAAAAGGGUGGGUUGCUAUAAUUGCCUCCCCUCCUGCUUGGUUUCUCUCUCUCUCCCUCUCUCUCUCUAAAAGGGUGGGUUGCUAAAAUUUCCUCCCCUCCUGCUGGGUUUCUCUCUCCCUCUCUAUUUCUCUCUGUAAAAGGGUGGGCUGCUAUAAUCUCCUCCCCUCCUGCUUGGUUUCUCUCUCUCUCCCUCUCUCUCUCUAAAAGGGUGGGUUACUAAAAUCUCCUCCCCUCCUGCUUGGUUUCUCUCUCCCUCUCUCUGUCUCUCUCUAAAAGGGUGGGCUGCUAUAAUCUCCUCCCCUCCUGCUUGGUUUCUCUCUCUCUCUCCCUCUCUCUCUGUAAAAGGGUGGGUUGCUAAAAUCUCCUCCCCUCCUGCUUGGUUUCUCUCUCCCUCUCUCCUUCUGUCUGUAAAAUGGUGGGUUGCUACAAUCUCCUCCCCUCCUGCUUGGUUUCUCUCUUUCUCCCUCUCUCUCUCUUUCUCUCUCUAAAAGUGUGGGUGGGCUGGCAUAAAAGGUGUUCGCGGACAUGGAAGAGCUCGGGAUCAGGCCAGAGGGGAGGAUAGUGGAGAUGAUGGGGGACGUCUUCCAGAAGCUGGGCAUGCAGGACAAGUACGAGAAGCUGGGCAAGAAGUAUCCUCCACCCUCCUGGGAGUACCGCCACAUCAAGGGCAAGCGAGUCAAAGUUCGAGUCAACGCCCAACCCAACGACGCCGACGUUGACGCGCCGCCGACGGGUUGA